GCAGAUUCAUCUUGUUUCACCAUUGCUACAACAUCCCAAUCAUGGCGGAAGAUGACUUGGGUUUUAUGGUCCGCCGGAUCCGAAUUGCAGAGAACAAAGCCGAGAUCCUCCCACUGCAUCUAUUUCGGAAACAAGAUGAUGCUAAAAGGAAAAAGUUACGGGUGGUUGGGAAAUUGCUAUCCCGACAGAGGAUCAACCUUAAUGGCCUCCAAAACGUUUUAAUGGCUUCUUGGAACCCUAAGAAAGCUCUUGUAAUUGUCGAUCCAAGUGGCUGUCAUUGGAGAUGGAUUGGGUUUUCCAGCCAAAAACAAGAGGAAAGGAUGGCGGUUGAGAAAGCUGAUGGUGUUCUACGAGGGGAGAACACUAUUCCAAUCGUUAAAGGGGCUCUCGUUCCCUUAAUGACUUUCGGCCACAUGGGAUUAAAGAGGAUUGGUACAAUUAGGGUCAUGGUUGGGAGCUCAUGGAGCCGAGGGAGGUGCUUGGGCUUGGAUGGAGGACCAUGCCCAACUUGUGGGUUGGGGACUGUUUGUUGCCGAAAUCCCUUGCUCUCCCCAUGAAGCUGGUUAACUAGGUGAGGACGUCCAGUAGCUUCCGAUGCUCAUAGUGACCCUCCUUUUCUACAUUAGUAGCCCUAUUUAACCCAUACAACGAUUGCAAUUGUAAUCUCUAAUUGCAGAUGGCUUUCUUUAUUUAAUUGUCUAUAUUCGUCAUGGGCAUAGUUUAAAUCUGUUAUUAGGCUGUAGGUUAUGCUUCUGUUUCUGCUUGUUAGGCUCUUAUGCUUGAGGCUAUAUGCCAUGUGAUAGAGUUUUUACUGUACUUUUUUAUUAUUCAAUAUAUUUUUUCAUUUCUU